CAGUUGUCAAAAUUCAGUGCGAAGAGGUGGUGUGUGAAAACGAGAAAAGCCUACUACUUUAUAUUGUGUGUCCAUUGCAGCGCAGACCUUCGACGACGGGAAGGAGAAAAAGUCCGAAAAGUGGCCAAUUUUGAGACCCAUAAAAUGGUUUAUUCCGCUAGUGAUCGGUCGGUUGUGUAGUCCGCGGUGGCGUCCAGUAAAUCGAUUCGGAUUCGUCGGGUUUAGUGCAGCAUCCCGGUGCGAAUUUGGAGGAUCGAGAUUUUGUUUCGCGAGGAUUUUUCCUGCUCACCAUCAUCACACUAAAACCCAGUAGGCGAAAAGCAGCAGCAGCAGCAGCUCAAGAAGUGUAGGGUGAAAAGUUGUUAGUGGCCUACUGCGAUGUGCUAGUGCGGAAUUGUUGUGUUUCGAAAUUGUCGGAAUUUUUGACGUGAUGUAGUAAAUAUUGUGAGUAUCGGGACGGGGUUCGGAAUGCUGUGAGUGUAAUUUUUUGAAUGAAUUACGAAAGGGGAUUUUGUGUUUCAUUGAAUCGCUCAGGAGCGUUUGUUUACCGCACGGAAAAGAGUUACAAUCGGAUCCUUACCCUACAGGGGGGUAACCAAAUAAUGUAUCGAGCCAAAGGCCAGCGACAGCCAAUAGCCUGAAGGAAGAUCUCUCGGACAGUGUUUUUUGCGUGUGAGAAAAGAGGACGUCUCUUUGGAUGUCGUUUAGUGUGUGUUAUUUGGAAGAUCGCAAAACAAGAAAAUGUGAGCUCAAAAAUACACGGCGCACCAGACCAGUGAACAUUUUUCUUCGAUGACCUCCGGUGGAAUAUUAGAGGAAUAGACACCAUCGGCAUUUGUUCUGCAAAGGAUUCUGCUCUGAUGUGAUUUUGCGGCAAUCGAAGAUUUUCAGGAUAUUUUAUUGCAAAAUUGUUGAUUAAAGAUCCUACUCGUGAAAUGUCGAACUAAAGCACUGCUUAUUGAGUCCUACUGAACAGUUCCGAAGACUGUAUAAUCUAUUGUGAAUGUAUGAAUCAACAGCAUCCUUGUAUAAACCACAAUGCAAAGCUUGGAGCCGGCAUCAUGUCAAGAAGCUGAUUACAUGUUGAAUGAUGCCUACUGUAAACUGAGGAAGUCUCCAUCGAGACAGCAGUCGCUGUUGCUCGAUCCGUCGCCGCAGUAUCCGAGUCUACCUAGUCCGAUCCUGAAUGACUCCACUCCACUGUUCAAUACCAGCAGCAGUAGCAGUGCAACGAGUCCGCUACCAUCGUCGUCAUCUUAUGCGACCUUGAGCGGAAUCCACUCAACCUCGCCACCAGCGACGCUCCUGGCAACACCCUCCUCCUCGUCAUCAGUUUCUUCGUUCCUGGGCCCGGGUGGAAGCAGUUCAUCUUCCCAGCUUCUCAAGUCCUCCCUAUCGAGUGGUGUUCCAUCAUCGGGAAGCAGCUUAUCGUUAAGCAACCAUCAUCACCAUCACAUCGAUAAGAGGGGAGCAACUGAUUCCGGCUACGUCAGUAGUUCCCCGUCAAAGAAAUCGAAACUAUCUUCCUCGGCCGGAUCGUUGACAGCAUCAGGGUCUUCAUCAAUCAAUAGUUCUUCCACAGGCGCUAGUAAUUUCAGCGGUAGCAACAACCACCACCAUCAGCAGCAGCAGCAGCACCAUCAUCAUCAGUACCACCACCAGGGCAAUAGCAGCAACAGCAAUUAUGGUUCGGCGGGAUCCCCUCAGCAAACCGGUGCCGGGAGCUCUGGAGGUUCGGCGACGACUGGUGGAAGCUCGAACCCUACUGGCAGGUUUAACAUACAUGACAAACUUAGGGAAUUGUAUCUUGAAUUACUAGCUGAGGACAAUACUGAAACUAAUAGGAUUAACUUAAGAAACACCUCGUUUCUGCUGGAUAAACUGGUGUUGCGAGAAAACCUGAACACACUGAUCCUAAAUCUCUACCCCGGCAAUAAAGGAUAUUCGUUGGCAUUUAGGAGAGGAACUGAGCAAGCAAACGAUGGAGGGCGAAAUGUCUCAAAAAGUGGUGCUAUAUCAUCGGACCGUGCCGGAUCACCCUCGAUGGGGGCACCGGUCUCAAUGGAUAUCAAUUCGGAGCAACUGCAGGAAACCAUUCGGUGGCCGUACGAAGAGGAGGAACUGCUCGAAUGCAUCGACCGGGAGGAAAUACCCCUCGUUCUGGUCGAUCUGUUCGAGAGCAAGUGCCCUGGGUUGUUCUACUCGGGUUGUGUGAUUGCGGAGAUUCGGGACUACCGGCAGUCGUUUCCGAUCUUUACCUGUGAUACGUACCACGUGCUGCUAAAACCAACCAAUCAGACUUUACUGGCCGAUGUGAAUCUACUGACGGCGGAAGGCGAAUGGAGUCCAGAAGAGAAGAUCGCUCUAGAAAGCCAAUUGGUUUUGGCUACGGCGGAACCGUUAUGUUUAGAUCCAAACCCAGAAGUAGGAAUCAUGGCCAUCAAUCAGCAGCAUCGUCGCCACAUCUUCAAUACUACACCGAUCCGAAGGCAAGCGAAGAAGUUCUCACAAGUUGCCAUAAAUCGUAAGAGGAAAACGGAUCAAUUCACUCACAGCUUUGGAUUGGAGCUGAGCGAUUUCAUGACAAAAUACCGAGCCAAACCACGCCAGUACACGGCCAGCAAGCGAAGUGUGGUAAGCUUUACACUGCCGAAGAAGCCUUCCGACGUGACACCAUCGGUGAAGGUGCCAAGUCUCGACCUACCAGAACUGGCUCCGCCAACGGAGGUAAACGUAGAGAAAUUUGCUCGAAAAUACGAUGGUCCGAAGGAAAGUCGAGACUGCAUUCCCCAGCUAAUCGAGGAGUACAUUCUGGAAACGGAUCGUGUGGUUAGUCGAGGGGAUACAAGAACUUAUCACAUUAAGCUAUCGAUUUUCCAACGACCCUCCAAUUCGGAAUACCUAGGUGAGCUGUAUGUGGACAGAGAUUAUCGGGAAAACGAACGAAAUGGAGAAGCGUGUCAAUUUACGCUCGGUACAAGGGCACAUGCACAUCGCUACAUACAGCAAUUUACCGAAAUAUUCACCGAGGAAGGCAGGAAGUCGGUUAAAAUCACACAUCUGGUUCCAGGACAAGUCCCCAAGGUGCUUCAUACUGCUGGAAUGCGAGAGCAAAGUGUUCAACAGCAACAACAACAACAGCAGCAGCACCAACAACAACAGCAACAGCAGCAGCAGCAACAGCAACAACAACAACAGCAGCAGGCAAUCCAACAGCAACAGGCUCAAAUUCAACAACAAAUUACACAAAUUCAGCAACAACUGCAGUCACAUCCUACGCAUGCUCUUAUCACUCGAUUGCAAGCUACCAAUCCAGCUUUGGUAUCACAAAUUGCAUCGGCUGGCGGUAACAUAACGAUUAACACGACCAAUCCGGGCGCCUUACCCGGGAAUCAACAACAAAUUCAAGUACAUCAGCAGCAACAACCGCAACAGCAAAUAACUCAGCAGCAAAUCAUAACUGCUGGACCUUCCACAAACAUCAUCACUAUUGGUGGAGCGACGUUACAACAGCAGCACCAACAACCCCAGCAACAACAAAUUCACAUACAACAGCAGCAGCAGCAACUUGCGAAUCCACAUCAGCAACAGCUCGUCGCCACCAGCGCUGGCCAUCAGCAAAUCUUUACCACCUGUGAUACCGCUAGCAAUGCAGUACAGCAAUCCACUGGCACUACAAUAACUCUCCAACAACAACAGCAGCAGCAGCAACAACAACACGUACAGCAAAUUCAGACACAGCAACAUCAACCCCAGCAACAAACGUUAAGUCUCAGCAAUGGGUCGCUGCUAUUGGUACAACCUUCGGGGCAGAUAUCAAAUCUAACCACAGCCAAUGCUGGUACUCAUCAAACAACUGCGGGUGCUAGUGGCAAUGUUGCCACAGGAACUCAAAACAUUCAAGGCUUCACUUUUACCUCAGCUCCACAAACUGCCACUAUCAUCAAUCAGGGCGGUGCCACCGGUACUGCCACAGCUACUGGAAAUCGAGUCCCACUGUUGGUAAGACUCGAGAACAAAGCUUCCCAACAUCUGCAACAGCAACAACAACAGCAGCAGCAGCAACAACAAACUCAACACGUUCAGUCGCAACAGCAAAAUCAGAGCACGGCUACCACUAUUCAUACGAACAAUCCAGAAAUCAACGCUAUUGCACUCAGCAUCAUGAACUCUGCUAAUCAAUUCAGACAACAGCAGCAGCAACAGCAACAACAGCAGCAGCAGCAACAACAACAACAGCAGCAACAGCAACAGCAGCAGCAACAAAUAGUCAAGUCAAACUCGAAUGCUGCCAUUAUAAGUUUGCUGAACAGUGCUCCAGCUGCUAUGACAAAUUCAUCUGUUCUGAACAGCGGUUUGAGUAUCCCGGUGGGCAAAACCACAACUGAGUUGCAUCAGCAGCAACAACAGCUUAAUCAGCAGCAACAACAGCAUACGAUCCAUCACCAUCAAGUUACUGGAACGACGACUAUUUCGAGUAGUGCCGCCGCAGCACUGUUUAACAGCGUGGGUGGCCGGAAGAUACAGAUACAGCAACAACCGGGGGGACAACGGAUACUGAACCACACGAAUCUGAUUGCCGUGAGCAGUAACCCUACGGGGGGAAGCCUAGGACAGGCCCAGCUGAUAAACAUACAACCUGCCUCUGCCGCCAAUACCAACGACCAGCAACAGCAGGUUCAUCAACAGCAACAAUCGCAACAGAUUGGCCAAGUUCAACCUUCCAAUAUCCGGGUUACAAUGUCGGCUUUAGCGUCUCAGUUAGCAUCUCCUCCUGCAAUUCUCACUACUUCCAAUCUUCCGCAAAGCUUUAACGUUGUAACGGCUUCCGGCAAUGCUGCAGUCCAAGGCCAAAAUUUUACCAAUGCAGGCAACAAUACUACCAGUAAAUUGAUAAUCAAUAGUACAAAUCAACGAAUACUGAACAUCAACACAAACAAUGCGAACAAUUCGAGUGCAGCGGCUGCCGUUGCUGCUGCUCUGGGAAUCAGGCGAGUAAGUGGAGCUACCACCGAUGGAAGUGGCGGUAUUCAGCUGCAGAUUCAAGGGGCGGAUGGCAUUCGACGCAUCGCGACCGGUACCGGGAAUGACAUUCAACUUCAGAUACAGGGUAUAUCAUCACCGGGUAGUGAUCAUUCCAAUGCGUCCUCCUCUGCAUCGGUGAAUGUUGCUCCUGGUGGUACUGGCGGUGCAAAUACCGGAACAGCGGGAGGAACUGGAAACAUAAUAUUCAACAAUAUGUCAGGUUUAAGUGCUUUACUAGCGACCACGUCUUCAUCUCCUCAGCAAACAGUGGCCACGGCUUCUGGCGGCGUGGACAAUAGCACGGCACUCGGCACCUCCAACCUAGGCAGUAACAAUAGCAGUAGCAACAGUAAUAAUAAUAAUUCAGCAUUAAUUGAAAGACUGACUUCAUCUAGUAAUAUAAACCUAACUAAUAACCUCCCGACUGCGAGCCCCGGACUGCAGUUCACGAUACCAUCGCCGAAAACGCCCCAACAGCAAUCUCAGCAACAUCUGCAAAUUCAGUCACCAUCGUCAUCGAUAUCACCGCUUUCUAGUCCUCCGCCAACGGUGACCCUUCAUCCGCAGCAACAGCAACAACAGCCCCAACAGCAGCAGCAGCAGCAAAUCCAGCAACAACAUCACCAUCAGCCCCAGCAAACGACGGUCAAUCUGCAGGGACUGAACUUUGCAAGUCUGCACGGUGCGAUGACGUCGAUACCGGGGCUGCAAAACGUUCAGGUUCAAAUCCCAGGAUUAGCCCAGCCAAUAUCGCUGUCGCUGUCUUCAGCUCCGUCCACGGGAUCAUCGACAGCCGCUAGUGUCCUGAAUGCGGCGAACAAUGCUGCCGCUGGCGGUAGCACAGGUCACCAUCAAACCACUAGCCUAUUGGUGUCCGUGCCGGUGUCGAACGCCGGUGCCGGAGGAAAUCAGCUGAAUACCUUGAAUGCCGCCGGAAACGCAGGUACGACCGCAGGCGCUACAGGAACCGCUACCGUUGGUAGUGCAGCUGCCAAUAUACUCGGUGCAAACUCCCAAACCACCACCCAAACAGUGGUUCUCGCCAACCCUCAAACUAGCGUUGGCGGCUCUAGUCUGCUCUCUUUGCCAAUUGGUAAGUUGUACGGAAGAAUUCAACGCAAUGGUGGUUCUAAUGUCGAGUGUCAUACUGCAGCUCAAAUCGUAACUUCCGGUAUGAAAGGCUUAGGCCAACAAAGCAUACGUGCUGCUACACCUCUGACAGUGAACACCGGUCAACCGGGUCAGCAAAUUCAGUUACUGAACAUCAGUCAGCGGCCACGCAGUGGGCAACUUCCGGUGGUAUCAUCCGUCACUACACCGAUCACAGCCAAGCAAAUCGCCGCACGGGUAGCAGCUCAGCAACGCAGCAUGAGCGGGUCCACGCUGAAAAUAGCCACACCAAUUACAGCCACACAUCACAACCAGCAAUUGGGCCAAACGCUGAACGUGACCACAAAUGCUGCCCCCAAUCAACUUGUGAUGACUACCAAACAACUUCAUUUGAAGCUUCAACAACAGCAGCAACAGCAUCAGCAGCAGCAAGCUCAACAAAUUAUAACCACAGCAAAUCAACCCGCCGCUACACAAAUCCAUAUCCAGCAGCAUCAGCAGCUUGCCCAGGCUCAACAGCAAUUGCAGCAACAAGUUCAAGUUCAGCAACAGCAACAACAGCAGCAGCAGCAGCAGCAGCAGCAACAGGCACAGCAAAUAACGAUCAACAAUAGUGUCGUAUCGUCGCUUCCUUUACCCACCAUCACGCCGCCGCCACAGCUUACGCACCAUCAAAGUGUGGUUAACGCCCUAGCUAGUAAACACCGGCGGAGAUCGGCCGCCGACUUGAAUAAGUAAGCUCCUUCACCCUUGUUGAAGUAAGUUGAUUCUUUCCAAAUCCACAUACAUGGGAAAAACACUAUAGCACACACCAGCCACUCACCCACAGGGCUGUCCUCUUUUAGUCACUACACGCCCCCAGCUAUCUAGAUUAGAAUUUAAGAACAAAUUUCCCGGUUCCUCCCACACGUCAGUGCGCUGGGCCCGCUAUGAUGGGAGGCAGAAGCCUUUUCGCAAGAUAGAAAACGACGUUCAUGACGAAUGAACGAAGCUUUCUCGUUUUAAUUAGCUUUAUGUACAAUAAUGGUCAAGAAUUUAUACGUUAUCUAUGAUUUUUUAUACAUUAGCCACUCACAAAGAAAUGUGUUAUUUGUGCGGAACGAAUAAAGUUAGUUAAAAUCAGCAUGAAAGCGGACUUGUUGUGGACUAGGAUGGAACGGUGCAAUACCUUCCUUUGAUUCUUUCUAUUGAAACCGAUCGUUAGGAUUAGUAUACCAAGAAAGAAAAUUCAUAUCAUUUCCCUAUUUUGAAAUUGGAUCGAUAAACGGUCCUUUCUUGACUAACGUGUAGCAAAUGCCCUGGAGGUAUUUGUAUAUUUUACAUUCAGGCAUAUUCCGAGUCUUUUCCUGUUCGUUGAGGCAGAAACAGACACUUGACCCCGACGUAGAUGGAUUGAUGUUGAUGAACUUCAUCGAAAGCUGAUGUCUGAUGCCGUGUCUGCACUUAUUCUGUAUCAGGUCGUUGCUCAAGCUAGAGCACACUGCGGGCUACAAAGUUUCUCAUUCACGGAUAGUUCCAAGAUUAUCGCUGGUAUCAUUUUGAUGAAGCAUAAACAUCUUUGACCCUCAGUGAAAUGGAGGUUCCUAGUAGGACUCCGAGGCUUGUCAACGGAUUCGUGACAAUUGCCAGCGGAGCAUUAUCAACAGAAUCGUAGAGGAACUUGAAGAUUCUUAGUGGCACACUGAGCUGCAAUAGAGCAAUCCCAGCAGAAUCUUGCGGAUGCAUAGGCAAAAUGGCUCUUUUUAGUGAACGGAUCCGAACAGAAUCACUCACUAUGGUGAAUCGGAUCUUUUGAACGGUUCAGUGCCUCAGCGGCACACAAAGUAAGAGCGAGCUGAACCGAGCGAACGGAUCCAACGAUCAUUCCGUGUCGCGCAACUCGCACACCAUAUGUUGGACAAUCUUUUGCUUCCUCUUUCUUCUUGCAUUCUUCCCAAAAAAAAACUCACGAUUUAACAGGACACGAACACGAUAUUCGGCCAAUUUCCCUAACCGAAUCUUAACUAAAGAUGUAAAACUAUGCGCUUGGUCGUUCGUGUGGGCUUUUUCUCUGUUUAUCUUUCGCUGUAAUGCAAGUGCGCGAAACAUGAUUGUCUGCCUAGGCGGAGAGCGCUGAGAACACGGAUCAGCAAACUGUGCUUGCAUAUGUGGCGUGGCGCGUAAAUCGUGGCGUGGCGUGUUAUAAUAAAGCCGAGGUACGAACAAA